CUUUCUCUUCCAUGUUCUCGUCUUAUUCUCGUCCGGUAUUUUAUUUUGAAAGGAAUGACCGGAAGUUUGAAUUGUUCCAAGCCAACAAUCUGUUGUUGUUCUUCUGUGUGGCAUGAAGCUGUACACACAAACUUUCACGCUACAAAGUGAUGGAAGACAAUGAUGAAGAGGGAAGCUGCAGCAUCUACCCGACCCUGGUUCCACUCAGCAGUGGGAUGAAGGACAUGAUGGAGAAGUUUCUGGAGGAACAGACCGAAGCUAACAUGUGGACGGCCGUGCUCGUUGGAGCUGUGACCAUGAUCUCUGUUGUCGGAGCGGUCGUGUUCCUCCUGUACAGAAGAUACAAACGAUCAAAGGAGGAGGCGAGCGGUCCUCACUACCGCUUCAGGAAGAGGGAUAAGGUGAUGUUUUACGGCCGGAAGAUCAUGAGGAAGGUCCAGACUCUGUCCUCAGCCCCUCCCUCCAAUUCAAACUCAGCGUCACGGCAGAGAGUCAGGAAGAGGACCAAAGUCCUGUCCAUCGCCCGCAAGAUCCUGCGUAUCCGGAGGGAGCCCCCCACCCUGCAGCCGAAGGAGCCUCCUCCCAGCCUGCUGGAGGCUGACCUGACAGAGUUUGACGUGCAGAACUCCCAUCUCCCCUCCGAGGUGUUGUACAUGCUGAAAAAUGUCAGGGUGCUAGGUCACUUUGAAAAGCCUCUCUUCCUGGAGCUGUGUCGUCACAUGGUGCUGAUCCAGCUGCACCAGGGAGAGGCGCUCUUCAGACCGGGGGACACCGAUGACAGUAUUUACGUGGUUCAAGAUGGCCGCCUGGAGCUGUGCAUCCACGAGAGCGAUGGGACAGACGCUGUGGUGAAGGACGUUUUACCAGGAGACAGUGUUCACAGCUUACUCAGCAUCCUGGACAUCAUCACUGGUCACCCCGCACCUUACAAAACAGUGUCUGCACGGGCUGCAGCUCCCUCCUCCGUGCUUCGUCUUCCAGCCGCAGCCUUCCAGUCUGUGUUUGAGAAGUAUCCUGAAACCCUGGUCCGCGUGGUGCAGAUAAUCAUGGUCCGUCUCCAGAGAGUCACCUUCCUUGCCUUACACAACUACCUCGGCCUGACGACGGAGCUUUUCAACCCGGAGAGUCAAGCCAUCUCUUUGGUGUCUGUGGCUCAUGUUCUGGGCGAGACUCAUCCACACAGAGGCCUCCGCAGGCAGCCGUCCCACUCUGAUGAAGCUGGCUCUGAAAAAAUCGAUGCAGAAAAGUCCGGCCUCUCUGACGCGUCCACAUCCAGAUACAAGAAGUCUCGCUCCUUCUCCAGCCCACUGGCUGUUACAGGUGAAAUGUCAGUGGACCUAAACAAAGUGUACGAAAGGACUCAAGUGGCCAAAGAGGAGACUGUACCUCCAAGUCCUGUGAAGUCUAUUUUAAAGAAGAGUGUUACGAUGCUGCACACUCCGUCUGCUGUUUAUCACUACAGCGACACUGGAGGAGGAAACGUCAGCCAUAAUAAAGUCAGUGCCAUCUUCCAAGCUGCCAAGAAGGAUCUGCUGCAGGUCAUCCAGCUGCAGGACCCCAGCCUGCUGGAGGGGCGGGUGAAUCUGCGCCAGGUCAAAGCCGGCUCUGUUGUUGCCCGCCAGGGGGACCAGGACGUGAGCGUGGCGUUCGUUAUCUCAGGGGUGCUUCACGUCUACCAGCGUAUGAUAGACCGCGAUGAGGACUCCCUGUUGUUCGUCGCCCACCCGGGGGAGAUGGUGGGUCACCUGGCUGUUCUCACGGGGGAGCCUCUGAUCUUCAGUGUCCGCGCGCUGAGAGACUGCACCUUCCUCUCCAUAUCGAAGGCGCACUUCUACGAGAUCAUGCGUGAGGACCCCAGGGUGGUGCUGAAUGUAGCUCACGCAGUGGUGAGGAGAGUGUCUCCGUUCGUCAGGCAGAUCGACUUCGCUCUGGACUGGAUGGCUGUGGAGGCUGGACGGGCGGUCUACAGACAGAGAGACAAGUCAGACAGCACCUUCAUCGUCCUCAGCGGCCGACUGCGUUCUGUGAUUGCAAAGGAUGAUGGGAAGAAGGAGCUGGCUGGAGAGUAUGGUCGAGGGGAUCUCAUCGGUGUCGUGGAGGCCCUGACCCACAUGAAUCGAGCCACCACAGUCCACGCUGUCAGGGACUCUGAGCUGGCCAAACUACCUGAAGGAGCUCUGAACUCCAUCAAGAGACGGUACCCUCAGGUGGUCACCCGGCUGAUUCACCUGCUGGGGCAGAAGAUCCUGGGAAACAUGCAGCAGGUCAACGGACCUCUGGCCGCUCGUGGCCUCGGUCUUCACACCCCCACCAGCAAGUGGGAUGCCGGGAACCCUGCCUCCAACCUGUCCACUGUGGCCAUCCUGCCUGUGUCUGAGGAGGUUCCCCUCACCGCCUUCACUCUGGAGCUGCAGCAUGCACUGAGUGGCAUCGGCCCCACUCUCCUCCUGACGAGUGACAUCAUCAAACAGCGACUCGGCGCUGCUGCUCUGGACAGUGUCCACGAGUACCGUCUGUCCAGUUGGCUCGGGCAGCAGGAGGACAUCCACCGUAUCGUCCUCUACCAGUCCGACUCCACCCUCACACCCUGGACGCAGCGCUGCAUCCGACAGGCAGACUGCAUCAUCAUCGUGGGACUGGGAGAGAGGGAGCCGACUGUGGGCGAGUUGGAGCGCAUGUUGGAGGGCAGUGCGGUGCGUGCUCAGAAGCAGCUGGUCCUGCUGCACAAAGAGGACGGCCCGCCUCCUAAAGGGACGGCGGAGUGGCUGAACAUGCGGAGCUGGAUCUCCAGACACCAUCACCUGUCGUGUCCCCGCAGAGUGUUCUCCAGGAGGAGUUUACCCAAGCUGAGAGAGUUGUACCAGCGUGUGUUUGAGAAGGGUCCCGACCGUCACUCUGACUUCUCUCGUCUGGCCAGGAUCCUGACGGGGAACAGCAUCGCUCUGGUGCUGGGUGGAGGCGGUGCCAGGGGCUGCUCUCAGGUCGGGAUCAUUCGGGCGCUGAACGAGGCAGGGAUCCCAGUAGACUUGGUGGGGGGCACAUCCAUCGGCUCCUUUAUGGGAGCGCUGUACGCGGAGGAGAAGAGCAACAGUCGCAUGAGGGUCCGGGCUCGAGAGUGGUCCAUGGAUAUGACCUCUUAUUUCAAGAAGAUCCUGGACCUGACCUACCCCGUCACCUCCAUGUUCUCUGGAGCUUCCUUUAACUCCGGCAUCAGCUCUGUCUUCAAGGGGAAACAGAUAGAGGACCUGUGGCUGCCAUACUUCAACAUCACUACAGACAUCACAGCUUCCUCCAUGAGGGUUCACACUGACGGUUCAUUGUGGCGAUACGUACGAGCCAGCAUGUCACUGUCUGGUUACCUGCCGCCUCUCUGUGAUCCCAAAGACGGACACUUACUCAUGGACGGAGGAUACAUCAACAACCUGCCCGCUGAUGUGGCUCGCUCCAUGGGGGCCAAGGUUGUGAUCGCUAUCGAUGUAGGAAGUCGUGAUGAAACCAACCUGACAAACUACGGUGACUCUCUGAACGGCUGGUGGCUGCUGUGGAAACGCUUCAAUCCUCUGGCGGAGAAAGUCAAAGUCCUGAACAUGGCAGAGAUCCAGACCCGGCUGGCCUACGUCUGCUGCGUGCGUCAGCUGGAGGUGGUCAAAGAGUGUGAAUACUGCGAGUACAUCCGGCCGCCCAUCGAUCACUAUGGCACUCUGGAGUUUGGCAAAUUUGACGAGAUCGCUGAGGUGGGAUACCAGCACGGGAAGACCUUGUUUGACGUGUGGCAGCGCAGCGGCGUGGUGGACAGCAUGCUGAAGGACAGACAUCAGGAGGAGUUCCACAAGACAAAGACUGGACAUGUGGUCACCUGUCCCAACGCCUCCUUCACUGACCUGGCAGAGAUCGUGUCCAGAAUCGAGCCUGUCAAGCACGCCUUGGUUGAUGAGGGACUCUCUGAUGAAUACCAGACGGACUACGAUGAGGACGCGGUGGAAAGCGCUCUGUCUGACUUUGAGGCGUUCAAUGCGGGGAGUGAAUACACAGAGGGAGAGGAGACCGCAGACACAGCAGAGACCGACGAUGAAAUUCAAAUCCGAGUUCGACGUCAACCCAAUUCUUCCAAAAACUCUCCACCAUGACAUCCACUACCUUACAGAGCUACUGACUGUGUCUGCAGCACACAUUUCACUGCCGCCAUGCUGCUACCCCCUGUAUCAUGAAUGCAUUACAAACAUGCAGCCUGCACUGUCAGAGUCAGCUCUGUGCAGACACUUCAGCAGGACUCUCACUGAGUCUGGAUUCAGCGGGCUCAAACCCUCAAGCACAAAAAGGAGUGAGGAGCUCCGCUGUGUAUGGUGGUUUCCUGGACUUUGCACAUUUUAGUGGUUUAAACAGUUUACCCACAGAAAGAGUUCUUACUGUAACACCCUGCGUCUGAAAGGUGUGUUUAAAAUCAGGGGAAACUAAGAAUCACUCUCUAAGGGAAAAAUCACAGAUUAAAGGAUUCAGUAGAGGGCAUUUUAUUGCUUGUUCCACACACAAGUGAAAUCUCUAGAGGAGCUCUUGUUCCAGUUGAGCAAUGGAAAAACAACAAAUCUUAAAGAGAUGUGUUUCUUCAUCGUGUUUCAACAUCACACAACAUGAAAGUCAUCUUUAAUAAUAUGCAGGACUCCUUUCUGGAUCAGGUCUUUGCUGCUUCCCGACAUAAUACGCUCUGAUACACGGAGAACUUCUGCAACUUAUUAAGUUACAAUAUAAGCUUACACUUUGUAUACCACUAUUUUAAAAAGUUAAAGGUUAAUUUAAUUGUUUUUAUUAUUUAAAGACUGAUUUGGCUGAACAUUGAGCACGUCUGUAUCUGUUUGAUGUUAGACAGGAAACAUCCAGAUCAGACACAUUAUCUACUCAGCACAACAACGACUCGACUUGUUCCUGUGAUUCUAUUAAGCUCCUUAUGUUCAGAUACAAGAACAACAUACACACACAUACACUACCAGUCUAAAGUUUGGAAACACCUUCUCAUUCAAGGGUUUGUAUUUAUUAUAAUGAUUAUAAACACUGUAGAUUAAUACUGAAGACAUCAAAACUAUGAAAGAACAUAUGGAAUUAUUUUAUUCACUAAAAAGUGUUAAACAAAGCAGAAUCUGUUUUAUAUUUUAGAUUCUGUAAAGUAGCCCCCUUUUUCCUUCAUGACAGCUUUGCACACUCUUGGUAUUCUCUCAGUCUGCUUCAUGAAGUGGUCUCCUGGAAUGGUUUCUAAUGAACAUGAGCCUUGUCAAGAGUUCAUUUGUAGAAUGACUUGCCUUCUUAAUGUGUUUGAGACCAUCAGUUGUGUUGUUCAGAGGUAGGGUUAGUACACAAUGGAUAGUCCUAUUUGACUACUGUUGUAAUCCAGAUUAUGGCAAAACCAGAUUAUUUCAUAGUUUUGAUGUCUUCAGUUUUAAUCUACAAUGUUGAAAAUAAUCAGAAUAAAUAAAAACCAUUGAAUGAGAAGGUGUGUCCAAACUUUUGACUGGUAGUGUACAUGCACAUGACUACGUAUGUUUCUACUCAACACAUGAUGAUGAUGAUGAUGAUGAUGAUGAUGAUGAUGAUGAUGAUGAUGAUGAAGGGAUUUCUGCACACCAUAGGUAUGUUUCCUGUGAACUGUGAUUUCUUUAAUUUAUUUUUGUAUAAAUGUUUCACGCUCACUUUAGACGUACAUCAUGAAUGUAUUUCUAAACAGACUCAGAGAAAGGAUUCUGUGUUUUCGUGGCAAUGCAAAGUGUUUUGGCAUCCAUCCAAACCUUGUUAGUGUCUCACCAUAGACUGUAUAAAAUAUGGACGUAGUAUCUGUGACGUCACCCAUCUGUUCCUGAGCGCUGUUUUGAAGCCAAUUGUCGGUUUGAGGUAAAGAGGCGGGGUUUGAGCCUCCUAGCCAACAGCUAUGUGUUUCCGCCUGUCAAUCAAGUCAGUCAUGCCCUUAAAUGGGAAAAACUUGUAAUCUUAAUAUCUUCUGAAUUGCGCGUUAGAAAAAAAUUCACCCCCGUACUGUGUGUGCUGAUAAGAGAAAUUAGCGACGUACACCAAAGCCGUUUUUGAACCAGGCUGUAAACAUGUUUAUUUCUGAUGUAAAGAUCCUCUUGUUUGAAUGGGUGUGUAUGUGGUUUCUGGUGUUUCUGCAGUCAGCCUCUAGUGGACGCUCGAUGAACUGCAGUUUAUAACACUUCCACAUGGGCUUCAUAUUUUGAGACCGGAGGUUGCGGCUUGCGUCUCACUGAUAUUCUAAAACGUCAACAAAAGUAAGACUGACUCUAAAGUUUAAUCGUCUGACAUCCGAACAAACUAGUCCUCACUAGUUUGAAGUAUUUUGAAAUAAUGCAGUGUUGUUACCUCUGACAGUUUGUGGCUCAGUAAUGAAUCAGACCAUUAGACGAGAUAUAAACAGACCUGAGUCAAAACAAAGUUAUUAUUACAUGUGUGCUUUCCAAAUUAGGACCUCUCACAUGUCUGCUGCUUCACAGAUCUAUUUGUGAGAACUAACUCAACUCAAGAAAGAAAUCACUUUAAAUUCUUCCUUCCCUGUGGCUUCAUCAGGGUCAGUAACCUGAAUGUUUCACUAAACACAGCUCUGCAGCUCUGCCAUCAGAAAAGUUACAAGUGAUCAUCUUUCAGAUUUGCCUUUGAUGCCAUGUUUGUUAUAAAGGAGGUGAGAUGGUGCGUUCAGGUGCCUUAAGUCUUUGUCAGUAAUGAAACUCACAAACUCACAGACUUAGUUACCUUAUUAAUCUGAAGUAUUAUUAGGACCCAGGACUACCUAACAGUGAUACUACACUAACUCUACCUGCCAUUUAAUGCAACAUGAUGCUGUUUUUAAAGCUGCCUUAUGUUCUGUGUGUUCACAGAGCUCCUGUGGGAGUCGUGUCUCAUUGUUUUAAUGACUAGAAAGGGAAACGUGUUCUAAUUUAAAAAGUGUUAUCAUGAUGUUCUCACCUUGUUUUUAAUGCUGAAUGAUCCUGAUGGUCAUGAUUUUGUGUUUUUGGGGAUACCACUAUGUAUGUGUAUGUUCUUUGAGAUGUUGUGUUUCAAACUGGACCGUGUGUUCAGUUUCAUACAUGUUCAAAAGUGAAAUAAUAUAGAAUUAUUUAGAGUAUUUAAUUUGAGUGUUGAGUAAAAAUCGCUGUAGUGAAAGCAGAUCUUUCUGAAUGGAAAACGUCCUGAAGUUCAAUGUUUUUGUGGAUUUUUAAAGUGAGAUUAAACUAUUUGUUUUCA